GUAUAUUCCGUGAAUCAGCCGUUUCUACUGAUUCAGCCGUUUGCGCCUCAAUUGGAAAAGAUCAAUGGGACGGCAGCAGACGCUGCCAUAUCGAUGCUGUUAUGUAUGGGAGUUACUAUACCCGAGUCAAUGGGUUUGGGAGGCGGAGGACUGAUUAUGUUUUACAACCGAUCGACUCAACAGUCGUAUGCAAUCGAUGCGAGAGAACAGGCGCCCCGAUAUGCUCACAAAAAUAUGUUUCAUAAUACUGCAAAUCUAUCGGAAGCGGGACCCCUGGCCAUUGCUACACCGGGAGCACUGGCAGCCUAUUGGCAACUGCAUCAAAAGUCUGCUCAAGAGUUAAUAAGUGAUAUUAAAGAUGCCACCAAUGAAUGGAAUAUAAGUGGUUAG